GGCCACUGGCCCCCUGUUUGGCUGGUCCAGAGCAUCGUUCGCGCUGCAGCUGCCUGCCCAGACGCGCGCCCCCCGCGCCUUGCCCCCCAGGAUGAGGAGGAGGGCCCGGCGCGGCCCGGCUCGCCAGGCUGCUGUGUCCUUUGCUGACGUCACGGUCCAGUUUUCCCCGGAGGAGUGGGCGCUGCUGUUGGAGUCGCAGAGGGAGCUCUACCGAGACGUGACAAUGGAAAACUACGCCAGCCUCGCUUUCCUAGGCCUCGUGUCUGCCAAACCGGCCCUUGUUUCCAAGCUAGAGCAAAGGCAGGAGUUGUACGAAGAGGACUGGCAAUGGGAUGCUCCAAGCCUGACCCAAGGAGUUAGGAAAGGUGCUGGACCCUCGAGCAAGUCACCAAGUGCGGCCUCUGGGAUCAUCAGACGAUCCACACGGGGAAGGUCUCCAGAUCCCUCCCACAGAAGUCUAAAGGAAAAAGAUGCUCAGAAGGCAUCGCCCCACCUGCCCAGAAACAAUCCAGCACAAGAAGAGAACCAAAGGGUGAUGCCAAAGGGGCGCUACACAUGCAACAUCUGUGGGAAAGACUUUAGCUAUCGAGGAAACCUCUGUGCUCACAAGAAGAUCCACAUGGGGGUGAGACCGUUCGAGUGCCAGGAGUGCGGGAAGAAGUUCAGUCGUAGCGGGCACUUAAUGACGCACAAGAGGACCCACACGGGGGAGAAGCCCUUUCAGUGCAAGGACUGCGGGAAGCGGUUCAGCCAGACGGCAAAUCUCUACACGCACGCCAUCGUCCACUCGGGAGAAAAGCCUUUCAGGUGCUCCGAGUGCGGGAAAAUGUUCACCCACAAAUUCUCCUUCACUAUGCACCAGAAGCUCCACGCGGGAGAUAAGCCAUACCAGUGUGACACGUGUGGGAAAAGCUUUGUUUGCAAGAAAACCCUUCGAAACCAUAAGAAGUGCCACCUUGACCCUCAGCCGUGUGUUCAUUGCGGGAAGACCUUCAGGUCCCAGGGGAGCUUGAAGGUGCACCUGCGUGUCCACACAGGAGAGAAGCCUUUUGUGUGUGACAAGUGCGGGAAGGGCCACACCACCAGGGUCAUGCUGAAGUACCACUUGAAUAGGUUCCACGAAAAAGAGCCCCUCCACUGCUGCAGCCAGUGCAACAAAAGCUUCUGGCAGAAGCGCUCGCUCAAGGCCCACCAGACAAUCCACAGCGGCGAGCGGCCCCAUAAGUGUGCAGAGUGCGGGAGCAGCUUCCGCCGCAAGAACACACUCAAGAAGCACGCGAGGACCCACACGGGCGAGAAGCCCUUUGCCUGCGCCGAGUGCGGGAAAUGUUUCGCCACCAAUUGCAGUCUCCGGGAUCAUCAGACGAUCCACACGGGGGAGAAACCGUUCAAGUGCAGCUACUGUGAGAAAAGUUUCCGGAACAACCGGAUGUGCCAGGAUCACGAACGGGUUCACACACGGCACCGGCCCAAGUGCAAGAAGUGUGGGAAGCAGCUGCGCACGGUGAGAGAGCUCAUGAUACACAUUAGAGUCCACACGGGGGUGAAGCCAUUUGAGUGCCCCUGCUGUGAAAAGCGUUACCACCGGAAAAACGAUUUGGUAAAGCAUAUGAAGACCCCUUGCAACGAGUAAACCCACCAAGGCUGGGCGCUGGACAGGAGCAGCAUCUUCUGUGUAACAGAUAAAUGUAUUACCUCUAACAGUAUUUUUGGUGGGGUAAGGCUGUAAUCCUUUAGAGCUGAUUUCCUCAACCUGCUGCCCCCCAGAUGUUGCUGGCUGAGGUUGAUUGGCACUAUAGUCCAAAACCGUCUGGAAAGCCCCAAGUUGGGAAGACAUACAUACACCCAGGCAAGUGCCAAUGAAUUUAUUGGGACCACUGAACUGAAAAAGGACUGCUCUCGAAAUCUUACAAAGGUGUUUACCCACCUCCACCCCUUUCUGGGUUGGUGGUGUAAUUUGAUCCUCUAUAUUUUCAUUUUGUUUUGAAGAUGGAAUAAUUUGCUUUUCCAAAUAAAUGGUGUUUGAUAACUGUGUGCCUUUAUCAUGCACGAAGUGUGUCCUUUGUUAGUUUUACAUGCUUUCUUGAAUAAAAAAUCAUUUGCA